CGGCCGGGGCUCUGCGGGCGCGCGGCGACCCGGCCCCUCGGCGGUCUCCCAAGUUAGCCGGCGCUAGCAGCGCCACGGCACCACCUCCGACUUGCCGGAGCCGGGAGAACCCUUCACCAGGUCAGCUCCACAGCACUCCGCUGGGGGGUGGGGGGCACCUUCCCCACUACCUCCCCCCACCCUGCCCGCACUGGUCCGGGCCAGGCGCCCGCAGAGAGGGGAGGCGGCGGGGGAAUCUUCCCGAGUCACCGCCUCUCGGGCGGCGCGAGGUGCCGUGGGGUCCGGGGACGGCGAGGUCGGGCCGGGAUCAGACGCGGGAGUCUGGAGUCCCCAGUCCUGAGGCCGGGAGGGGUGGUGCGACCCUCUGUCUCCGCCCCGGGGGCGGAGCCGAGGUCGGAGCCUGCGGAGCCUGAGACCAGGCGAAAUCGGCUCGAGGCUCCCUGCCCGGCUCCAGCCUCCCCUCGGGGAGACCCGACCCCCCCUUCCCCUGUCCACCACCUGCAAGACCCAGCUUCCCGGGUCCCCGGCUCGGCCCACGGGCCCCGGAGCAGGUGCAGGUGCGGCUUCCCCAUCUCUCUCCCACCCGGGCGCAUCCCGCUGGGCGGCCAUGGCGCGAGGAGACGCCCCGCAGGACAGCUACCACCUGGUCGGGAUCAGCUUCUUCAUCCUGGGGCUGGGCACCCUCCUUCCCUGGAACUUCUUCAUCACAGCCAUCCCGUACUUCCAGGGGCGUCUGGCAGGGGCCAAUGGCACCACCGAGACCCUGGGCACCAACCACACGAGUCCUGCAGAUACCUUCAACUUCAACAACUGGGUGACACUGCUGUCCCAGCUGCCUCUGCUGUUCUUCACACUCCUCAACUCCUUCCUGUACCAGUGCGUCCCUGAGACGGUGCGGAUUCUGGGCAGCCUGCUGGCCAUCCUGCUGCUCUUCACCCUGACGGCGGUGUUGGUCAAGGUGGACAUGAGCCCCGGGCCCUUCUUCUCCAUCACCAUGGCCUCUGUCUGGUUCAUCAACUCCUUCUGUGCAGUUCUGCAGGGCAGCCUCUUCGGGCAACUGGGCACCAUGCCUUCCACGUACAGCACCCUCUUCCUCAGCGGCCAGGGCCUGGCUGGGAUCUUCGCUGCUCUUGCCAUGCUCAUGUCCAUGGCCAGUGGCGUGGAUGCGCAGACCUCCGCCCUGGGGUACUUCAUCACGCCCUGCGUGGGCAUCCUCAUGUCCAUCGUGUGUUACCUGAGCCUGCCCUACCUGAAGUUUGCCCGCUACUACCUGGCCAAGAAACCAUCAAAGGCACAAGGUCAAGAGCUGGAGACCAAAGCUGAGCUCCUCAAGUCUGAUCUGGCUGACGGCGCUGUGCCUCGUGUUGGUCUUCACAGUCACCCUGUCUGUCUUCCCAGCCAUCACGGCCAUGGUGACCAGCUCCACCAGCCCCGGGAAGUGGAGUCAGUUCUUCAACCCCAUCUGCUGCUUCCUUCUCUUCAACGUCAUGGACUGUCUGGGACGGAGCCUGACCUCUUACUUCCUGUGGCCAGACGAAGACAGCCGGCUGCUGCCCCUGCUGGUCUGCCUGCGCGUCCUGUUUGUGCCACUCUUCAUGCUGUGCCACGUGCCCGAGAGGUCCCGGCUGCCCAUCCUCUUCCCACAGGACGCCUACUUCAUCACUUUCAUGCUGCUUUUUGCUGUUUCAAAUGGUUACCUGGUGUCCCUCACCAUGUGCCUGGCGCCCAGGCAGGUGCUGCCACACGAGAGGGAGGUGGCCGGCACCCUCAUGACCUUCUUCCUGGCUCUGGGGCUGUCCUGUGGAGCCUCCCUCUCUUUCCUCUUCAAGGCGCUGCUCUGAAGUGCUCCAUCCAGGGCUCUCCCAGCAUCUUCUCUUCGGAGCUGAGACCCAGCACAGGGGGAAUGGUGGGCCGGGCUCAAGCCUCUGCUGAGCUGGGGCCCUGCGGUCUGGGGGUGCCAGGAAGAGGCAGGUGCUGUUCUCCUUCCUGGGCUGGUGACCACCUGGAGUGCUGCAAGGAAGAAUUCACCACCUGCCAUUCUAACCCUCCCCAGGAGUGGAGCUGACGCACAGAGACAGACUAUCUAGAUGCACACAGACCUCACUGAAAGGGUGAUGAUCAUGAAAAAGAGGGCCGAGGACAAUGGCCCUUCCUCGCCAUCAGGAGUGCAUUGGUUAAUCAUGAGAAACUCACUGGCCAAGUGCCGGGGCUCAGAGGCCACAGGUGGGACCUUGCCAACUGUGUGGCUGGUGUGGCCGCAGCUUCAGAUUCAGAGUGGGAGCGGGGGCCAGCCCUGGGCAGGAGCUCCUCUUCUCUCCCGGCCUCAGCGACCCCAUGGUCAAGUCUCCUGGACUCCAGAACAGAGGAUUCCAGGGAAGUGGAAGGGACAGGGAGAAGGAGUUCAGGAUCUGAGGGUGCUCGAAGGACCCUCUGGGCCUCAAACAGUGUUUUCGUCGCCAGCAUUUACUGUGUCCACUCCCCAGAGCCCACCUGGGCCUGGGUCCCAGAACUGCAGUUAGCCUGCAUGUGUGCACUGCACUUUACAGUUUGCAAAGCUCUUUUGCACCUGCUCUCUCACUGAAGCCACACUGAGGCCCUUGGAGGGAGGCCAGCAGGGAUUGUGCUCCCCUCUGUACAGGUGAGGAAACCGAGUCCCAGGGGGAAGUGACCAGUUCUUGGCAGAGCCAGGACCCAGCCCCCACCUCCCUGUAGGUGCUGUUCUUCCUGCCCACUGCCUGCUUCCCUUUUCCUUGAGGGGCUCAAGGCGAGAGCCCUAAGCACUUACUCCACCUUUUUGCUUGAUUUUUCCCUCUGACCCUGCUCCUGGGUCUAAUAAUAACCUUCUCCAUUUGUACAAUGAAUUCACUUUCCAAAGCGCUUUCAGCUCUGUUGGCUUCGAUGAGCUGGGUGGGGUGGGGAUGAUUGUACCCAUUUGACAGAUGGGAUGACCAAGGCCCUGAGAGGGGCAGGGACUUGUGGGGAUCCCUGCACUGGGCCCUCUUGACCACAUCAUGGCCCAGGCCCCCUUGACCACAUCAUGGCCCAUUAUCUACCAGGGGUGCUGGCCUGCAAGGAGCCCUGUGCUCCCGGGCAGAGCGCCUGGCCGCAUGGAUGACUAUCGCUCUCUCCCCCACCGGUGUCCUCUGCUUCCCCAGGCUCCCCCUUCUCAGAAAUGGAGACUCAGAGAGGCAGUCAGCCAAUUCUCCAGAGGGACGCAGGAAAGGCCUGCUUGGCCACACACCUGUGCUACCCUGCCCAGCACAGAGAAAAGCAGGGGGUUUUGAGAUUACAGGCGGCGGCCUUUCUGCCCACUUGCCCUCCUGCCUUCUGUGACCAUUCCCUCAGCAGCUAUUAUAUGCCAGGCGCUGAGCCAGCGCAGGCCCCCUGCUCAGAAGCCAGAGGCUGCUUUGCUACCAAAGAGGAAAGUGAGGCAAGCUAUGACCUUGGGAGCUGAAAUAAAGCCACACUCCU